AUGCAAAAAUAUGGAGUCCACCACCGCCUAUCCACACCUUAUCAACCACAAUCCAAUGGCCAGGCUGAAAUCUCUAAUAGAGAAAUCAAGGCGAUUCUAGAGAAGACAGUCAAUCCCACGAGGAAAGACUGGAGCCGUCGACUGGAGGACGCACUCUUGGCCUACAGGACAGCGUUCAAAACGCCUAUUGGAAUGUUCCCAUACCGAAUGGUAUUUGAGAAGAUGUGCCAUCUGCCUGUGGGGGUUGAGCAUCAAGCAUACUGGGCGAUCAAGGAAAUGAAUAUGAAUACCGAGGUUGGAGCUGCAGAAAGGAGAAUGCGGUUACAGGAGCUGGAAGAGCUUCGCCUGGACGCCUAUGGCUCUGUCAUGUGGUACAAAGAAAAGACGAAAAUGUGGCAUGAUAAGAACCUUUGCAAGAAGGAACUAAAGAUAGGCCAGAAAGUAUUGAUGUUUCAAUCCAGACUGAAAUUGAUGCCAGGAAAGCUCAGAUCUAGGUGGAUAGGUCCUUAUACCAUUAUCGCAAUCCGAGCGAAUGGAGCAAUCGAACUCCAAGGAGGCGAUCCUGAUUCACCUUCUUUAAUAGUGAAUGGACAUAGGGUUAAACCAUACACAGAAGGAAUGGAGGCAUUUGUAGUGGACGACAUUCCACUACUAAUGCCUAACUCUCUCCAGUAG